UCCUAAACGCGUCAUCGCUGGGGUCCUCAUUGCGAGUGACUGAGGCGGUCAAAUCGUCAAGUGUUCGUGCUGAAAACUGCACUUUUCUGAUCAACGUGGACUUUAUUUUCCCUUUUCAGUAUUGAUUAAAUGGAGGAGGUGGAUGUAGAGCCGACCACCACGUUAAUCCCAGGCGUGGGGCUUAAACAAAAGCAUGUGGGGUUUGAGUGGGGGCCAGGAGAUAUCCUGGUGUACGAGACAAACUUCAGAUUACAAGGUGCUGGUUCUGCAGGGCCUGGCUCUCUUUCUGUCCACGUGGUGCGGAAAGAUGAAGACAUUUACUCUCCCAUCCUGCGCAAACUCUUCAACGAGUCCCAUCACAUCUUUGUUGGGCUUCAGAAUAUCAAAGAGGACAUGCCCAGCAAGAACAAGAAACCACAGUUUGUCAGCAUCAGUAAAAACUACAGAUCAGUAAUACGAGCAUGUAUGGAGGAACUCCAGCAGGUUGCAGUGUCAACUCAGGACACACAGUACAGCAGUCAGGUUUCUAUUCUUUUGGCUAUUGAGCUCAUUUGGAAUCUAUGUGAAGUGCUUUUCAUUGACGCAGCACCAGCUGGCAUUCUGCUGCUGCACCUGCUGGACUGGGUGCGGCUGCACAAGGCUGAUGUGGAUGAGAAAGCCAGGGAGGUCCUGCAGAGUGAAAGCCCUACUCACCAUCACGCCUACUGGGAAGUGGUGAUCAGUUUUGUUCUACAAGGGCGUAUGGACGAGGCUCGGCAGAUUCUGAUGAAGCAGGCAAAUCUGCAGCCUGCCUCCAGACCCAUCUACCAGCUCAUGGACAGCCUGCUGCUGAAGAUGCCCAUAUUUAAUCCUGGCGGCACUCAGACCCUCACAGAGUUUGACGUGAAAUGGAGGCACUGGCAUGAGGAGUGUGACCGCUGUCUCCAAGACAACUCCUUCGCUAGCAACCGUCACCUAGAGACCAUCUGUAAGAUUCUGGUUGGUGAUGAGGAUACAAUGUUGGAGCAUAAGGAGCUGCUGGGCACCUGGUAUCAUUUUCUAGUGAGCCGGCUGCUCUUCUUCCACCCGACAGUCAAACCAUCUGAGCUACACUAUUACGCCCAGUCGAGUAUGGACAUGUUCCUGGACUCGCGGAGUGCCCCUGAGCCUCUUGAUAGCAUUCUGCUGGCCGCCUUUGAGUUCGACCUUCAUCAGGUCAUCAAAGACUGCAGUAUUGCCCUCAACAACUGGUGGUUUGUGGCUCACCUGACGGACCUGCUGGACCACUGCAAGCUUUUGCAAUCUCACAACCUACAUUUUGGCUCUAACUUGAGGGAGUUCCUGGUGCUGGAGUAUGCCUCUGGACUCUUCUCUCAUCACAGUUUGUGGCAGCUGGCGGUGGACUACUUUGACCACUGCCCUGAGUUUGGCCGUGUGUAUCUGGAGCUGCAGAUUGAGCGGGUCCCACUGGAGACGGAGCGAAAAGCACUGAAAGUGCUCAGGAUCUGUGAACAGAGACAGAUGAACGAGCAAGUGCGCAGUAUCUGUAAGAUCAUGGCUAAGAGGGCUCUCAGUAAUAACAGGCUGGGUUCUGCUCUGUCCUGGAGUAUUCGAGCUAAAGAUGCAGCUUUCGCCACUCUUAUCUCUGAAAGGUUUCUGCAGGAUUACUGUACGAGGGGCUCUUUCUCUGACCUGGAUCUAAUCGACAACCUGGGGCCCGCCAUGCUGCUGAGUGACAGACUCACAUUCCUAGGGAAAUACCGGGAGUUCCACAGGCUCUAUGGUGAGAUGAGGUUUACAGAAGCCGCCAAGCUCCUCCUGUCUUUAAUGACAGCCAAGAUAGCCCCUCGAAGUUUCUGGAUGACCCUGCUCACCGAUGCACUGCCACUACUGGAGCAAAAAGAGGUGAUUUUCUCAGUGGAUCAGACUCAUGAACUCAUGUUCUGUCUGGAGGAGCUGACCUCAGACAACAGCGAGACUAAACCAGAGCGGCCAGCACAGGAUGAAGAUAUUGAAUCCACAAAACUGGAGCUGUUGCGAUUGGCUCUUGCACGAAACCUAGCGAUGGCCAUAGUGAAGGAAGGAACAGUCGAGGCAUGAAAACAGCGCUUCCAAAUAUACACACACACACACAUUCACUUUUAGCAAGCUCCAUUCUGUAUAUACAACUUGAUCAAGUGGGAUUUAAAAAAAUGUUUGUAAUUUGAUAAUAAAUGUUUUGUAAUUGUUUGCAAAAC